CAAGGAGACUAAGUUCUAAAACAACAACCGAAGAUGUUGCCUCCUGCAGCAACUCCGGAACAUACAAAACCCAUCGUUGCUGGGGCRGUCGUCGAGGGCAAUGUGUGUUUGAUACCAGCGAUAGAUUGAAAGCAAAUAUUGUUCGAUUUCUAUUGCUGUGCUACUGCAUAAUGAACCAUAAUAUACAGUACUCCACCGCGCUAAUACGAAAUGUACAAAUACAGCACGGCACUCCUUCGAUCGCACACACUUACCAUCAAAAAUUAAGAAGAUCUUCMAGGAUAGUAUUGCCGAUGUCCACCGUAAAAAUCGGGGGGAAUGAUCAUGUGGACAAUGUGGGAAAGAAGGUUACUCGCAAUUCGCGGAUUGUUUCUUCGAACAAUAUAUCGUUCACUUCUUCCGUAAAGAACCUUUACAAACCUUCUGGUCGUGUCUACGUCAAGAAUCGUCGAAAUUCCUUAGUCCAGGAUAUGCGAGACUAUGAAGAACAACAACGAACGCAGCUGGACUGGAUUGUUCGAAACACCGCCAAGGUUUUGGGGGAAGAUGCUCCACGUACGUUCGCUGUGCACUGUGUGUUUUCUUGUUCUUGUGAAAUCCUYAUCYAAACUUUUAUUCCUUUUUCACGAUGGAUUUGAUCUGUAUUUUAGCUCAUGGGGUAAGCUAAUUUUGUCAAAACUUGAUGCAGAUUUAAUGCGCUGAAUCAUACUUUGUGCUGCAAUGUGCUUUGAUGUGUCCUUCGUAUAGAUUCAAAAUUUUGACCUUUCCCUACAUUGAUUCUAUUGUUUGAUGUAACAACAGGAAAUGACUCCCCAAUUGAUUAGAAUCACGCAUAGCCUAAUACGAGCAUGGGCUCAACGAGCAGCAGACAUCCAAUCAUCCAAUGCCCCUCAUGUAGUCGAAAAACUGUUGAAACGACUUCUGACAGAAAAGAAGGCUAUCGAGACCAACAGSGACGACGGGGCAGAUAAUGAAAACUACCGAAUCGAAAUCUCUACAGACGAAUACAACUACUUGUUGGAAGCAUGGUCGUGUUCAAAAGAAACUGGAUCUGCAGAUCGAGCGGAAGAGAUUCUGUUGCAAAUGGAAAAAGAGGAUGGACCCAAGCCCGAUAGUCGGUCUUACAAUGCCGUCAUCAAAGCUUUGGUAAAGAAUGGUAAUCGUCAGUCGGCCGCUAGCAAGGUGGAAGACUUAGUCAUGAAAAUGGAAUCAACAGGAGACCUUGGUGUCAUGCCCAAUCGACGAUCGUAUAAUUUUUUGCUCUAUGCACUCGCGAAUUCCAACCUUGACGAUGCCGCUGAACGAGCAACGCGGCAUCUCGAACGCAUGAUCCUUCGCUAUCACAGCAACACUCCGGAAGAAAAUAGCAUUUGUCAGAUCCAACCAGAUCUAAAUUCUUUCAACCAGGUUAUUGGAGCUUGGGCAAGAGGGAAAUCACCGAACUAUUUGAUUGAGAUGCAAAAAACAUACAAUUUGUUUUUAGAGCUCUCGACUGAAUAUGGUAUCCAACCAGAUGUCGAUACGUACAAUAACCUGAUGGGGGGAUGGCUUAAAAGCAAUGAUAAGAAAGCAUUAAGAGAAAUUCAACAACUUUUUUCUACGAUGGAGGAGAGUUACAAAAAGGGGAACGAACUGGCUCAACCAGAUCGAGUGUCUGUCAAUUCGCUCCAAACAGCUUUCAACAAAUUCUCCGGGGGUAGCAACGCUACCAAGCAGAUUGAAUUAGAAACUGAAUAUGGACUGCCUCCMAACUCUCACAGCCAAAAUAUUCUAAUGGGAAGUAUUAUUAAGAGUGGCGUUGACGAUGCGCCCGAACGAGCAUUGAGAAUCCUGAUAGAAAUGGAGAACAACUUGAGAAGUGGCGAGAGCUCACUAAAGCCAGAUGUGUGCAGUUACAUUGCUGUUAUCAAAGCACACGUGAAAUAUAAGAGAAAGAAUACCGAGAGGAGAACAGAAGAGCUAUUGAAUCGCAUGUGGGAUUUGAACCGAAAACACGGCGGAGUCGCACCAGACGUGGCUCUAUAUAACUGUGUUCUAAACGCGUACGCAUCCAUCAAUUCGUACCGRGUGUUGAGAAAGGUUAAAGACCUUUUGAAAAAAAUGGAAAACGGAGAGAUAGACGGACUUCCAAAACCCAACUUGAUUACUUACAACACAGUGAUAAAAGCUAUGAGAAACGGAAACAAAGAGAAGGAAGCUAUCUUUGCCGAACAAAUUUUGUCAAAACUAGAACGUCUGAGCAAAGACGAUCCGGAGUUAUUGCCAGACAACUACUCAUACACCUCGGUUAUCACUGCGUACGCGCGUUCUAGCUUGUCAAACAAAGCAGACAAGGCUCUAGAGAUUAUACAACGCAUGAGAAAAGCCCAGAUAAAUGGCAAUGGAUCUGCGGUCAUGUCCGCACAUACCUUCAAUGCAGCACUCAAUGCAUGCGCCUUUGUGAAAGGCUGUGUGGAAGCUAAGGCAAGAGCAUUUGAAACCGCCACUAAGCUUGACAAACUGCGAAUGGAAUCUGGACAAGCAGGCGACAGCACGUGGUACGGUACGAUGUUGCGAGCAUGCUCGUCGUUGAUUGCGCCGUCCAAAUAUAGAGAGGACAUGGUAGACCUCUUCUUUCGGGAGGCAUGUGAUAACGGUUGUGUUGGGAUUCUCGUAUUACAGCAGCUAACGUUUGCGGCCACAAAAGACCAGCAAGAGCGCUUGUUGAAUCACAAGUUCGAUGGGGAAGAUUACAUAGGUAUGCUGAAGAAACUGCCRAAGGAAUGGACGUGCAAUGCACAUGAAUGGCAGCCACAUCAUCUUCGAUAAACUGGAAGAUUCAUUUUUUGGAAUUGCACCGUACCGUAUGUGUAAACUAGACCACU